CGGUUCCAGUAGACUAAAGCCCAAAGUUCCAAAAAGAAGGCAAAAAGACACGAGAUAUUUUUAAUUUCUGUUGCUGGAAAUGGAUACAGAUGAUGAAGAGAUAGUCCUUAAGGGUUCCCCUCUCUAUCAGUAUUUAAAAGAAGCUUGUCCAGAUGAUGGUUUCCAGUGUUUCCAAAGAACAGCUGGGGUUGAGGGUGAAAUAUCACCAGGAAAACAGAGAAGAGGUCUGACAGAGCACCUUCAUGAUGCUUGUAAAGUCAUCCAGAUGGGGAUUACCAAAAUCACACAUGGAUUUCCUUUAGGCAGGCGAGAAUUUUUAACAUAUUUAAAUAACCAUAAACUUCCUAAGUGUUAUACGCUUGCAAUGAGAAGCAGAUGUUUGAAUGAGGAUGAUGCGGCUGUAUUGUCUACAUUACUUGGCGUUUCUGAUAAACCUAAGCAAAGUGAAACAAAGAUCACUGUCUGGUUGAUUAUUCUUGGUCUACUGAUGCUCAGUCAUACCGUGUUCCUGUCUGGGGUCUGUCAUCCAAAAUUGCUGCUGAAUGCCGCGGAAGCUUUCAAUGUCCUGGACAUCCUCGUGUACGCUGUUGUCAUGACGAUUUUGUUUCUCAGUCUGAUGUGGCAAGUCGGUGUUCUGUGGCAGUAUUUCAGAUUAUGGUGGACUCAUCGUCAUCAGGAUAAAAGUUUUGAUAAGUUUUUGUCUUCCCAAAAGUCAUUUGGACAUUUCCUCAAAAAGUCGGUGCUCUACGUCCAAGAGGUGGAAGUCAUUUUAAGAGGCUAUACAAUGAUGACACCAUUCACCCCCAUCUCUCAUCUGGAGAGGGGUAGCCAAACACAACUCCAGUGUCCUGCUCUAAGACAGGCCAUCUUCCAAGCUGCAAGAAACCAGUUUAUGUCUUUGAGGCAAGCCAUGCUGUCGACCAUAGCUGAUACUCAAUUGAGAGAGGAAGAACAUAGAGACUUAGAAGACCUUUAUCUGGCAACCACCGAUUUGCAACGUCUAGCUGGAGACCUGUCAAUUUUAACUGAUGAUAGUAAAGGACCGUAUCCGACUUCAUAUUUAAAGGCUGUUUCUAAUCUAUACAGUGAUCAGUUAUCUGAGUUUAUCAGAAGAUAUCUCCUGUGUCUCAAACCUGAUCUGUUGGCUGAUUCUUCAGGGGAUACAUCUAGCUCACAUUCAACACUAGACAAUGUCACAAGGUUAGCAGGUCUGGAUCUUGCAACCCUGAAGCACUCUUACAAGCUUCAUCAACCGAUGUCACCACUCCCAUCAGAUAUCAGUACACAGAACAAAGCCUGUGAGACCGGAGAGAUCUGGGGUCCCUCUAAUAUCCUUCCUUCUGCAGCCCGUGCCCUCAGAUUGCAUCUGGAUGUCACUAUGAAAAGUGCUAUGCAGAUUGAAAGUAGAACAUGUACAGAGGAAGGAACGUCUGACUUCAGGGACUCUGAAAUACAUGAGCUUGAAGGGUUACUAUCAGAGGUCAAGGGGCAUCUGGAAGCUUGCCAAACUUGCCUGCAUGAAGCCGAGACUGCUCUUGCCAAACUGGCAGGCCAUAUGGAGCCAGCAAAGCAGAAAGAACCAGUGAUGAUCAAGACAGAGACCAAAGCUGACCUACCAACACCCCAGCAUCUAGACUUUAUAUCACCCAAGGGCAACGAUAUUGAUUUCAUUGAAGAAGAGAUAUUUGAGGCUUACAUUGAUCCUGAUAGAGAUGACGGGAUACCCGAUUACAGUAUGGAUGACUUGAUUGAAGAAAGGAGAAAGCGAAAACAAGAUUCCGAAGAUGCCAAGCACAUGUUGGUGGAACUCCACUCGGUGCUGUCUAAAAGAGAGGAAGAGAAGGAGAAGAUGAGAAGGGAGAGAAGAAGAAUAAGGGAAGGAGAUGAUCCAGCCGAAGAAUGGAAACCACUGGGAGAGGUGAACGGAGGAGAGGUAGAUAGUAUGAAGGAUGAUGAUAGGACGAAUAACUCUGCUACUGAUGAUGAUCCAUCGAAUGAUUUACAGAUUGGAAAUAGACUUGAUGGUGCAAUGGAUGUCGAGAAUAAGCGGACGUCAUCACAUGAACAUCACGAAGGCAGUAAGAUCCAUGUAGGUAAAGACAAAUCCAAACAUGGAGCAAAUGAGAUGGGUGAUUCCGAGGAGUCGGUAUCCAUAGCAAAGGUACUGGAAGUCGGUGAUGAUGAGGACGACAGUAGGAAACCCAAGCGCAAUUUUGCGGACUGUAUAUCAGGAACAAACUUAUUACAAGUCACCGACAAGGGAGACGGUCGAGACAGUGAUGGCUAUGACCACAUAAAUAGCCAAGAUCUUUGCCACCAGAUACCAGAGAAUGGUGUCCAGGAUGUCCGCACGUCUGGAGGUGGGGAGGGGUACGACGCCUCUGGUAUCGGAAGAAGCACAGAGAAAUCAAUCAGGAGACCCGUUCCAAAGCCGAGGAAAAACAUCGGAAAGAGACUGAAUCCUCUGACUAAGGGAAACGCAGCACAUCUUACAUUGGAUGCAUGUCAGGUUAACUCUGACAAUGGUCGGGCUCCUGUAAGGGCCGAAGAAAGCGCUUGUACACCUCAAGAGGAUGUGAAACUGGACUCGGGUGAAGAACAAGGUUUAGAGAGGGAGGAUGGAGAAGGGGCGAGUCCUUGGAGGCCGCAGCCCAUGGCUAUCCCAUUCAUGCAGGGAUUAGCAGCAGAAGCAGUGAGGAUAUCAAGAGGAAGGCAAUCACUGGCUGAAGAUACAUUUGGAGACUAAAUGCACUCUCAUCUUAUUAUUAUUAUGUAUGAGCCUUAACGUUUAUAUUUCAAUCAAAGGUCAAUUCAACCCCAACAACGAAUGUACUUGAAUGAAUAAG